AUGAUGGACAGAGUGCCCGCCGUCCCCGCGAUUCGCGCCGAAUUAAAACUCCAUCCUGACGUGCACUCCCUCGACGACGAGUGGUCGGGAAUAACAGACCCGGCCAUUCGUCGAAAGCUACAAAAUAGACUGAACCAACGAGCCGCAAGACGACGCAAGGCUGCAGCACUGAAGAAAGCGGCCGACAGUCAGAGCGGCGACUCUUCUUUUUCUUCUUCUUCACCAGACCAAAACGGCAUUAGUCCUCGCGCCGCGAGGAUCAAGAGUAAACCCUUGCAUGAGCGGGUCGACCUGAACGAUUCGGUGGUCGUGGGAAGAAGGGAUGUGACGAAGAGCCAAUGGCAUGUCACGGCCGAGGCGUUCGAGCCCGGCAAAGGAUCUGCUUUCGUUUCCAUCCGGAGCCGAUUUUCCUGCCAGCAGUGGUUCCAAGUCACGUUUGAGAACAGGCUGUGUACCAUCAAGGAUCUCGUGCUGCGGUUGGAGGAGGAGAAGCGGAACAACGUCUCCUGGCAGACGCCUCUGUCGAGCGACCACCUCAUCUCGUUGGUGUAUUACAACGUGUACCGGGGUUUGAUUUCCAACGUGGAGAUGCUGGGCCUGGACAUCAACCUCAUGUACAUGGACGAGUAUCCAUCACCGUUCUUGCCUCUCUCACAGAGUGCGUCGUCCAACAUCCGGCACCUCCCACCGGGACUUCAACCCACCGAACUCCAAAAGACAAUGGCACAUCAUCCGCAGUGGGACAUUUUCCCCGAUCCCGUUGUCAGGGACAACAUUCUCCGUUACGGAGAGCAAAACAUCAACGACUUGGAAUUUUGUUUGGAUCUGGUCGGUGACGGUCAGAUAGAAGGGACGGACCAGUGCUACACCCAGGAGACAAACGGCCUGAUCGUUUGGGGAGAACCCUGGGCCAUGGAUGGAUGGGAGGUGACGGAGGCUUUUGCAAGAAAGUACCCGUUCUUCAUCAAAGGUGCCCAUGCAUUUCAAGAAAAUAGCAAUCGCUGGAGGAUACGGAGAGGUGAGGAACCUUUGGACUUUGAGAGAAUAUGCGAGAUUGAGUAA